CCGAGGUUCGACUCGGACAACACGCAGCCCCGAUCAAAAGCUUGCUUUUGGGGAACACCCAGAAUUACCAGGCAAAUUCCAACCAUGCCAGAGUGAUUUGUUCAUUCGUUUUUGUUUGCUGGCACCGGCCUUGACCGUGAGAAGCCGCGUUGCAGGCCGAAGCCGACAUCUGACGGCGUCUUGGUAUGACAGCAUAUCCAUCAUUCUCAGUCGUUUCUCGCCGUCCCAAAUUCUUCUUUAUGGGACUGGUUUUGUCAUUGAUUUUCCUGGAUCCAGCGCAGAUCAGGUUCUUUCUUUGCACUUCUAUUUCCUUGAUGGUGUUGGCUCCGGAGUUGUACAGAUGGGAGUGGCAUAUGACGAUUUCUAAUUCAUCUAUCCUUGUGACAUACCAACGAUGGUCGAGAUGUUCCGUUUUCUUCUCUAAUUGUUUGAUUGUGUUGAUUUCACCCCGUUUGAUAUCUCUGUGGCGUUUUGCAUACCCGGUGAAUAGUCGCGGCCCCGACGUGGAAUGUACCAGGCAUCAUGGAGACGGGGCCAGACCGGGAAUUACCCUUGUAACUAAUGACGUUUCUCCUUUCAUUAUACCUAUAGACCUGAAUGGAGCAUUGUGAUCGGCGAUGUGCCUGGCUAUUAGCCUCGAUGUUAGUGUGCAGAGUUGACAGUAGGAUCCCGAUGCUAAGCGUAUUGCAUUCAGAUAUGCCAG